AUGUCCCUGUCAAACAAGCUCUCUAUAACCGACCUCGACCUCAAGGGCAAGCGCGUCCUUAUCCGUGUUGAUUUCAAUGUUCCUCUUCAAGAUGGCAAGAUAACAAACAAUGCCCGCAUCGUUGCUGCCUUGCCAACCAUUCAAUAUUCUUUGGAUCAUGGCGCCAAGGCCACCAUCCUCAUGUCCCAUCUGGGGAGGCCCGAUGGCAAGGUCAUUGAAAAAUAUUCCUUAAAGCCUGUCGCUGCAGAGCUUGAGCAGCUGCUAAAAAAAUCCGUCAUUUUCCUCUCCGAUUGUGUUGGUCCAGAUGUGAACAAGUCGAUCGAUGACGCUCCUGCUGGAUCGGUAGUUUUGCUGGAAAACUUGCGUUUCCACAUCGAAGAAGAGGGCUCUGUCAAGAACAAGGAUGGGUCAAAGACGAAGGCCAAUCCAGACGCGGUAGCCAAUUUUCGUGAGGAUCUCACGAAACUUGGCGAUGUUUACAUCAACGAUGCGUUUGGGACCGCUCACCGUGCACACUCUAGCAUGGUCGGAGUCGGGUUAACUCAGAGAGCAGCUGGUUUUUUAGUGAAGAAGGAACUGGAAUAUUUUGCCAAAGCACUCGAAAAUCCGGAACGCCCAUUCCUCGCUAUUCUUGGGGGCGCAAAGGUUUCCGAUAAGAUCCAGUUGAUUGACAACAUGUUGGAUAAGGUUAACUCGCUUAUUAUUUGCGGGGGGAUGGCGUUUACUUUCAAGAAGACACUGGAGAAUGUAUCAAUCGGAAAAUCUCUGUUUGACGAACCUGGUUCAGAGAAGGUGUCCGUUCUGGUCGAAAAGGCUCAAAGGAAUAAUGUCGAGUUAGUCUUCCCGGUGGAUUAUGUUACGGCGGAUAAAUUCGCUAAGGAUGCAAAGACCGGUAUUGCAACAGAUGCGGAAGGCAUUCCAGAUGAUUGGAUGGGCCUUGACGCUGGACCUAAAAGCCGCGAACUAUUCCGAUCGACGGUUUUGAAAGCCAAGACGAUUCUCUGGAACGGGCCUCCAGGUGUUUUUGAGUUCCCGGCAUUUGCAGAAGGUUCUACGUCGCUCCUUGAAGCCGCAGUUCAAGCAGUCAAGAACGGCUCAGUUGUCAUCGUUGGGGGUGGCGACACCGCGACCGUGGUAGCUCAGCACGGAGACGAAGACAAGCUCAGUCAUGUGAGCACUGGUGGAGGAGCGAGUCUUGAACUCCUCGAGGGCAAAAUUUUGCCAGGUGUUGCUGCCUUGAGUGAAAAGGAAGCGUGACUCGUUGUGAAAUUAUGAAUAAAUAAAUACUAGAUUAUGUAAAUAAAAGUGAACUCUCUGCUGCA